AUGACAUCGGCCGGCGGGCUCGACGCACCCGUCACGUUUCGGCUUCCCAACUGCUGGUCAGAUUCCCUGAGGCUCAGGACGCCCCAGCCGACAGACUGGUCUACUGGUCUCCAGGACACGGCAUCGCCCCAUUUCGUCUCGGAAAGAGGAUAUGUGUUCUUCUCAGGCCCCUUCGAAUGGGUCCAACAUCCAAUUCGUGACUAG